AUGAAUUGCCAAACUUGGCUCAAUGUAAAUCCUUCUAUUUUAUUUGGUGAAGUGCUUUACGAGUACACAAAUAAGGAAUAGGACAUGAUUCAAAGAUGCUUUAGGACUGGAAAUUGUAAAAAAUUAUUGUUAAGAGUUAAUCUCAUUAUAGAUAAUUCACUUAGAGAAUUACCAAAUAAAAUUUAGCCUAAUGUGCUUUUGAAGUUUUUAAAGAAAAAAUUGGAUCAAAAUUUAUCAUCUAAAAUGCCAAAUGAACAAAAAAAACUCAUUGGAGGAGGACUGUUUCAAGACUUUGAGUGGUUGCCUGAUUCUUAUGACAAUUAUUAAAGACAAAAAUAGGAAGAGAGAAAGUUACAUGAUCAAUUAAUGAAGAAUAUUUCAGAUAAGCCAUUCAUCAUUGGAACUGACAACUAUAAAUGUACUAAUUCUACUGAAAUAAUCUAAAUAUUAGGGAAAUAUCAAGACUGCUUUAUGAAUGAUAUAGAUUUAAAGAACUAUGUUUUCCCUUUUCUAAAUGUUGACGAUCCCUAUGAAGCAACCAAAGAGGAAAUUCUUAGAGCGAAGUGGCUCGAAGAGAAUAAAAUACUUCAUGGUGAAUUUAAGCCAGCCUUGUUGGACAAAGGCUUGGAAAGAGUGACCAAGUAACAACUACCAGAUAUAGUCAAUUAUAUUAAAAAAGUUAUCAUGAUUGACUGGGCAGAGGUUAACUUUAUCAUCGGUACAAACCCUGAUUCCUUCAUUGAAAUUAAAUUUGACCAAAAGAGUGUAGACACAGACCUGGGCUUGAAAGCAUAUAUGAAUACUAUGAUUGCGACUCAUGAAGUUAUCAGCCAAUUUAACUUGAAGAAGGUACUUAAAUACUGGGGAUUCCGAGAUGAUAAGCAUGUCUAUUUCAUGCUAGCACCACCCUGGAUAAAAUUCAACCCUGCUCAUGUAUAUCAUUCCAUACUCUCGAUGCAAUAGUAGUUAUUAAAUGCUUAGGACUUGAAGGAAGGUGCUUAGUAGACACACUCGAACUCAGAUCCAAAUAAAUCCAUUAGUACUACUAACUUGUAUAAAAUGAGCUAUUAGCUAAAUAAGAGUAGUAAUAUGAUCAAAGAUCCUUAACUUUACUCCAAAGAUAUAGAUAUAUGA